AUGGAAGCUACCGUUGAAGUGUCUGGAACCGAACGUGUAACGGUCGAUAAAGGACCACCAUGGUGGAAAUCUGUACGAUACAGGAUAGCUAUGAUUGGUUUUCUUGGUGGAGCUAAUAUCUUCAUACAGAGAUCUAACCUCAGUAUGGCAAUUGUUUGUAUGGUAAAUCAUACAGCUAUAGAACUUUUAAAACAUCCCGAUGGUCCAAUUUUUGACAACAGCAGUUAUUUGAACCAAACAUCAUACAUAUUGCAAUUUGUUCAGAGCAACGAAUCCGUUGGUGAAUAUCAAGAGUCUUGUGAUACAGCAAUGUCAGAUAGAUCUACGACGGACAGCGAGAAUGGUGAAUUUAUCUGGUCCAAAGAAAAACAAGGGAUAUUAUUGGGAGCCUUAUUUUGGGGUUAUGUACCGCUUCAAAUUUUAGGAGGGUAUCUUGUUAAGAGAAUUGGUAUUCGGCAUGCCACUGGACCGUUCUUCUUAGCCAUGUCUACAUUAACUCUGUUAUCACAUCCAGCUGCAUUAUGGAGUCCAUGGGCGUUAUUUGUUUUGAGAAUGUUGAUAGGAUGUACAAAUGCUGUGUGUCUUCCAGGAAUAUUUUUCAUACUGUCAACAUGGGCACCGCCUGAUGAGAAAAGUAGAAUGAGCAGUAUAUUAUUUGCAGGAAACACUUUUGGUAAUGUGUUAGCGUUUCCUAUUGCUGGUUUAUUAUGUAAAUAUGGUUUUGCUGGAGGCUGGCCUUCAGUAUUUUAUGUCUCAGGUAUAUCGAGUUUUAUAUUAAGUAUUUUAUGGUAUUUAUUUGUGUUUGAUUCGCCAUUGAAACAUCCCACCAUACAUGCACGAGAAAAAGAAUAUUUACUGAGAAAAAUGAAUAUGGAUGCCCUUACUAGAAAGAAGGAAACUGUUCCAUGGGGCCAAGCAUUACGGUCUUUACCAGUAUUAGCUGUAUUUAUCUCUCAUACCUGCCUAAAUUGGGGGACCUAUCUAAUACAAACUAGCCUUCCACUGUAUAUGAGGGAUGUUCUCAAAUUUGAAGCAGCAUCGAAUGGUUUAUUUACAAUGCUGCCACAUAUUUGUCUAGUCAUUCUACUCUUAACAUCUGGUAUUGUGUUUGAUAAGAUUUCUACACGUUAUGGUAUUAAUAUAUCCAGAAAAUCUACUGCCAUUUUUGGUCUAGGGCUUCCAGCUAUUUUAUUUGUUGCGUUAAGUUAUCUGGAUUGUACCAACGUUGCCUUAGCAAUAACAAUAUUAUCACUUACUUUUGCCUUAUUAUCACUGAACUUUGUUGGACUCAUUGUCAAUUUUUUUGAUAUGGCCCCAACACAUGGUGGUCAACUAAUGACAUUUAGUAACACUAUAGCUAACACACCUGGAAUUUUAGCACCAUACACUGUAACUCAAUUAACACCUGAUAAUACAAGAGAAGAGUGGCAGACGGUAUUUUUCUUGACGUCUGGUAUUCUAGCAGUUGGGGCCUUAUGUUUUGUACUGUUCAGUACAGUUAAUGUUCAGAAAUGGGCAAUAUCACCACCUCCAGAUGAAAUUGUAGAAUUAAACAAAGGGCAAGAGAAAACUUGA